GACGAUUUGUUGCAGAUGAAGGCGCCAAGGGGCUUAUUUGCGCUCAUCUCGUCGAUGGUGUACGAGAUCUCUCACGUCGAUGCUCACUGGAGGUCUUCCGGCCUGCUGGAGCCCCCUUCGCCAAAACAGAUGAGGCGUGUACGCUGCCCGGAUGGUCCUGCCGGUGCUGUCUUCCUCUCCCUCUCUCACCCCCUGCCAGUAUGGCCAUAUCGACGAGUCCAUGUCGAUGGGAAGAUCCGGCCACGGCUGAUGGAGAGGCGGCUUCUGCUGCGGAUGGGCGAAAUGGGAGAGGAUUCGGAGCCGCUGAUGAGGAUAGGUCACGGCUAUGACAUCCACAGGCUGGCGCCCGGCCUGCAGCUGACUGUGGGAGGCGUCAAAAUCGACUAUGAGAAGGGCACUGAGGCGCACUCUGACGGCGAUGUGAUCUUCCACAGUUUGUGUGACGCUGUGUUUGGAGCGUUGGCGCUGCCGGACAUCGGGCAGCAGUUUCCUGACACGGACCCCAAGUGGAAGGACGCCAGCUCAGACCUCUUCAUGGAAGGUGAGAUGGGUGGGUCUACGGCACCGACAUGCUCACACGGACCAGCACAUAGUCAUUCUCUCUCUCUCUCUCUCUCUGUGUGUGUGUGUGUGUGCAGAUGCAUGGCGGCAGAUGGAAGAGAGGGGCUAUCGGCUGGGCAAUGUCGAUGUGACGUUGAUCCUGGAGCGGCCCAAGGUGAAGGACCUCAAGGCGGGCAUGAAGGACAACAUCUGCCGGCUGAUGCGGGUGCCCCCAUCGCAGGUCAACAUCAAGGCACGGACACACGAGAAGGUCGACUCUGUGGGGGAAAACAGGGCGAUUGAGUGCCAUGUGGUGGUGUUGCUGGAGAGAAAAAUGGAUGCCUUGCCGGAGAGAUCACAGACAGGCGCUAGGUAGGGUUGGUGUUGCUAGUAUUACCAGUGGUGCAGCGUUGAUCAAUGCGCGUGUGUGGUCUGGAUGGGAUGGGCAUCGAUCAUCCAAGGCGAGGCGAGUGUGAGGACAUAGAUGAUCAAUAUGGUUCUCCUCCAUGCUUUUGUUUGUGUGAGUGGACUUGUGAGCAGAGCAAGCGUGUCACCGACGAUUGAAUGAAGUCAACGCAAAUCGCAGUCUGUUCCCACCCAAUCACCCCUCUGAAGUAUGUGCACCACCCACCCUAUCACCCACACGUCAAUGUUCGUGCAUGUCUGCAGGAUUCCGUGCACUCGACCAGUCAGGCGGCCGUCUGUUGCUGUCCUUGCCCCCACCACGGCAACGGACAAGUGAGAGAGCCGAUCCAGCCUCACAGUUCGGCGUCACCACAGCGGAAAGCAAGACGACGGCAGUCGCGGCAGCUCUUUCGUACCAGCAACGACCAAGGAGGUGGGUACAUAUUACACACAUAGGUG